AUGGCUUCCGCACCAACAUCCACCGGCUCGGCCAAGGUCGAUGCCGUCGUCCAGAAGGCGGCCGCCGCCGUCCCUGGCACGCCCACCGGCUUUGACCUCUACGCUCGCUUUGCCCUGGCUGGUGCCAUUGGCUGCUCCGUCACCCACGGUGCCCUGACGCCCGUCGAUGUCGUCAAGACCCGUAUCCAGCUCGACCCUGCCACCUACAACCGUGGCAUGAUCGGCAGCUUCAAGCAGGUCAUCCAGAACGAGGGCCCCCUCGCCCUCCUCACCGGUUUCGGCCCUACCUUUGCCGGCUACUUCCUCCAGGGCUCCCUGAAGUUCGGCGGUUACGAGUUCUUCAAGCAGCAGAGCAUCAACCUGCUCGGCUACGAGACCGCCUCCAACAACCGCACCGCCGUCUACCUCGCCUCCGCCGCCGCCGGCGAGUUCUUCGCUGACAUCGCCCUGUGCCCCCUCGAGGCCACCCGUAUCCGUCUCGUCUCUGAGCCCACCUACGCCAACGGCCUCAUCGGUGGCUUCACCAAGAUGGCCAAGCAGGAGGGCUUCGGCGCCUUCUACGCCGGCUUCGGUCCCAUCCUGUUCAAGCAGAUCCCCUACACCAUGGCCAAGUUCGUUGUCUACGAGAAGGUCGCCGAGUCCAUCUUCCGCGCCUACCCCAAGGAGACCCUCUCCUCCGGCCAGCAGACCCAGGUCAACCUCGCCUCCGGUCUCAUCGCCGGUCUCGCCGCCGCCGUCGUCUCCCAGCCCGCCGACACCAUGCUGUCCAAGAUCAACAAGUCCAAGGGCGCUCCCGGCCAGGGCACCGUCUCCCGCCUCAUCCAGAUUGCCGGCGAGCUCGGCGUCCGCGGCUCCUUCGCCGGUCUCCCCACCCGUCUCUUCAUGGUCGGUACUCUCACUGCUGGUCAGUUCGCCCUGUACGGCGAUAUCAAGAAGGCCUUGGGUGCCACAGGCGGCGUGGAAAUUGCGAAAUAA